CACAGAAUGGACUUCCGGAGUCUGGCAAUCAGAAUGAUUUUAUUAUCACAAACUACAGCUGGAAUUCUGGGAAAUUUCUCUCUAAUUUUCUACUAUCCAGUCCUUUGUUCCAGAGGAUGUGUGCUCAAGCCCACAGAUUUGAUAGUGCUGAAUUUAAUGGCAGCCAAUGCCUUGAUCAUUCUCUCUGCAGGAGUUCCACACACAAUUGCAGCUUUUGGGGUGAAGCCGUUCUUGAACAAUGUUGGCUGCAGACUCCUAAUAUGCAUGCAGGCAUUUGGCCGCAGUGUGUCCAUUGGCACCAUUUGUCUUUUGAGUGUCUUCCGGGCCAUGAGCAUCAGAUUCAGAGAAUCCUGUUGGAAGGACCAUAAAGUCAGACCCGUAAAUUACACUGCCUGCACCCUUUCCCUACUCUGGGUCUUCUACAUGCUGAUAAAUUUUAUUUUCUUUCUGUACCCACUUACCAAACUUAAUAGUAAAAACACGACAAGAAAACGAGAUUUUGGAUACUGCUCAAUUGUAGGGCGAAAUGAAAUCAGUGACUCCCUCUAUGCAGCAUUGGUGGUGUGCCCUGAAGUCCUGUUUUCUGUGCUCAUUGCCUUGUCUAGUGGCUCCAUGAUUGUCACUUUGUACAGACACAAGCAGUCAGUUCAACACAUCCGCAGCAAGCAUGCUUCCAGCAGAACCUCCCCUGAGUCCAGAGCCACCCAGAAUAUCCUGGUCCUGGUGUCUAACUUUCUGGCUUUUUAUACUCUCUCCUCAAUUUUACAAGGCUGUAUUGCUCUUUUGGAUAAUCAUGACUGGUGGCUGACAAAUAUCACUCGCCUGACUUCUCUAUGUUUUCCAUCUUUUGGACCCUUUGUCCUCAUGAAUCAUUACACUGUUGUGUCCAGGCUUUCUUUGAUCUGGAUCAGGAAUAAAAAAUAA